CUCCAUUGGAGAGUUGAAAGCAAAGGGAAAGCCUCUCGAGAAAAUUCAAGGUAAAAAAUAUUUGUUGUCAAACGUCGAAAUCAUCACAAGGACGUUGGGAGUGAACGCUAAACGUCGAAUAAUUGAAAACUGACUGGAAGUAGUAAAGACAAUCUCUGAACAGCUGCUGCCUGUUCCUCACCGGAGGGCAUCCCACCUCUGAGGUUAUGUCAACGGCUGUACUCCUUCGCCUGGCUAGGUCUGCAGGGGGACCCCAACUAUGUCGUCGUGUCACUCGGCAGGUGGCCUGUGCCCAGCAGCAGGAGACCCCGCGGAGGGCGUUGAGCACCCCUAGCAUGACACUGGCCAGCAACUCUCGCUUUGACCCCGACAGCAGUGGCCAGCCCACUACCUGGGACUCGUUUGGUAUCUGGGACAAUCGUAUCGAUGAGCCCAUUUUGCUUCCGCCCAGCAUCCGCUACGGCAAGAUAAUCCCAAAGGUGAGCUUGUCUAGGGUGGGCUGUGCCUCUCUCAUUGGCCAGAGGAAGGAGAACGAGGAUCGCUACCAGCUCUCACAGAUGACCAGCAACAUCAUGUACUUCGCUGUGUUCGAUGGCCAUGGCGGACCAGAGGCAGCAGACUUCUGUGACAAGUUCAUGGAGAAGUACAUCAAAGAUCUUGUUGGUGAAGAAGAUAACUUGGAACUGGUUUUGACCAAAGCAUUUCUGGAAGUAGACAAAGCCUUAGCACGACACUAUCACUUCUCCCCAGAUGCCACGCUUCAGACGGCAGGCACCACAGCCACGGUGGCGUUGCUAAGGGAUGGCAUCGAGCUGGUGGUUGGCAGUGUGGGCGAUAGCCGGGCAAUGAUGUGCCGAAAGGGCAAGGCCCUCAAGCUCACCAUGGACCACACGCCAGAAAGGAAGGACGAGAAGGAGAGGAUCCGUAAGACCGGAGGCUUUGUGACCUGGAACAGUCUGGGGCAGCCACACGUCAACGGCAGGCUGGCCAUGACCCGCAGCAUAGGGGACUUUGACCUCAAGAAGAUGGGGGUCAUCGCCGAGCCCGAGACCAAGCGCAUUUCGCUGCAUCACGUCCACGACUCCUUCCUGGCGCUGACCACCGAUGGCAUCAACUUCAUCAUGAACAGCCAGGAGAUCUGUGAUGUCAUCAACCAGUGCCAUGACCCCAAAGAGGCCGCCCAGAGGAUCUCUGAGCAGGCAAUUCAGUACGGAUCAGAGGACAACAGCACAAUCAUCGUGGUGCCGUUCGGCGCUUGGGGCAAACACCAGGGCUCAGACACCACCUACUCCUUCAGCCGCAGCUUUGUGUCCAGUGGCCGCUGGGCUUAAGGUGGGCAGAGGGCAGAGGCGUGACGGCGGGAGACGGAGACGGCCAUCGCUGUCCUCCCUGCACGGGAGGCGUCCAGUGUGCAAUAUGUAGAGAUCUAGAUCCAAUCGAAGAACCAUGAUCCAGCGCCUUACAAAUGCCACACGUUCUAACACAUCAUCUAGUCUGGGACUGUGAGGAAAGUGCUCACAACUUGAGUAAGAUGCACUUAUCAAGCGACACGUCCAAUGCAUCAAAAUGCUGCCACAUCAUUCGACUCCGAACUCUGCAGGGGGUGGUUGCAGUUCAUGUAUUUUUACACAGGUUCGGUUCCCAAUGUCUUGGCCAUUGAAAGGGUAUAAUUAAUUUCCAGUGGAAUGAUUAUGGUGUCUGACAAUAAUGUUAUUGUGAAGAUGCAGAGAACGCUUUUCUGGCCAGGAGUAAGGACCGUUUCCUCUGGUCAGUCGUGGCUUACGGUGGUAAUUGCAACUGCAAAAUGAUUUGCACUCUGUCGCCACCUACAGCCCAGUGCCUAUUUACACAGGUAGAGAUAUUUAGUGUUGCAUAAAGCUGCACGUGUUAGAAAAUGUGCAAUCACUCUCCAACAGAGUCCUCAUGCAGCUUUACUUUGGGCCAGAACGGAGUCGACUGGUGUGGCAGCCACUUCACAUGAGGGCCAGGAUGCCCUCAGCAGCUGUGGAGCUGUGGCUAAUCAUUCUUUAUGUGAGGCAAAUGUUGGCAGUACGCUAGUUAUUAAUUAGCAAAGAACCAAGUACAUUUGUCCACUGAGUUACCAUUUUUCUGGUUUAAACAAACCAAAACAUCUAAUUCAGUCCUUGGCACUUAUGUAUCAGGUGUUCAAAUAUUACCUGGGUAUGAAUGUUAAGUUUCAUUUCUUUGAUUUACACACUAAAAUCAGCUGUUUGAGUUUGCAGCUCAGCUGUCAUUUGUGUAGUAAUUACCUCAGCCUCAGUGUUGGCCGCAUAGCAGAAGUAUGGUGAAUGCUAUUGAAAGGAAGAUUCAAUAGGCUUCUCUUUUGUGGCAUUUUAAGCAGUCAACACGCUCAACGCAGCUGGUUUCAUGUGUGUAAUUCCUUAUGCUUCCUCAUGGGGUCGCUCUCCCGUUUCCUGUAGUUGUCCUCAUUGCCAUUCAACUGGAUGACCAGUUGGUGUACUUAACAGCCAUAUAGGGAGGGGCGGCUGUAGUCUUUAGAUAUUGGAAAGCAUUAAGAUCAAAGAGGUCUUGAUGGCAGCUCUUAAGAUGAAUGGUUACCCUGUGAAACAGAGAAACCCCUUAUUCCACAGACCAUGCAGACGUAAUCCAGUAAAGGAAUCAGGAUGUGAACAAAGUGAUGUAGGUGACUUGCACUGUUCUGGAAGUGGCCCCACCCUCUCAGUCUGAUCAAUAAAACCUUAUGGGUUAGUUAGUCUGAUCAAUAAAACCUUAUGGGUUAGUUAGUCUGAUCCACUGAACGUGUUCAGUAUAGUUUCUGUGCUUUAGGCUUUGCGAUUUUAUGGCUGUGUCAAUACAAGCAGUAAGCACUUAAAUGGCACCAGCUUCCAGUGUUGGUAACAGAACUAGGAGCGGCUAUCAGGGAUUAGUUUGGUUUCAUUUCGGAACUCGCUGAACAAGGAAUCUAUCUAGAAUGGACAACUGAGAUUUGCAUAGAAUCUUUGGUUUAAUUAACCAAACAUGCCUGUCCUGAAGGUGUUUUCUUUUUCCCCCACCCUUUAUUCAGUCCCUGAAAAAGUGCAUUGUAUGUAAAUCUUGUCAUUUUUGUAUAAUAAGGGUUUUUUUUUGUAUAUAAUUAUUUAUAUAUUUUGAUGUCCAGCUAAAAUACUGUGGUUUGUAAAAACGUAUACUAUUGUAUAGUGGUUGCUCGAUUGAAAUGUUCAAGUUUGUGUGUGGACUAUAUGCAAUUCUAGUGUUGAGUGAGCAUAUAGUGAAGAGCCUGCUGCUGUCAUGGACAGAGAGCUAACAGGGAGGUGAGAAAGGAGGGGACAACAGUCACGGAGGAUGUCACUCUGUCUCUGACGGUGUUAGAAGCCUUGUGUGACAUUAGAAUGUUUGAGUGAACUCAUGCAAGUUGGUUGAAAUCUUACUGUUUGGGCUUUAAAAAAUGCUGUUUGGUCUUCAAAGGUGAAGGUGUUGUGUGUCUUGGUUCUGCUUUAUGUCUUCCCACAAUUUUUUUUUAUUUUUUUUUUUUUAACCAAGCAAUAUCUUCUAAACAAACUUCUGAACUCUGGCUUUUGUGGGUCUCUAAUGUACUGUGAUAUAUUCUGGGCACAAUCUCACAAAACGUAUCUUUCUUGUACCAAAAUAUCUGUAUCAGAUUGCUUCUCUGAAUGUGAACUCCAGAAGUGAAUGUACAAUGUGUUCGAAGGCCAUAACUCAAGCCCUCCUGCCUACACCUGAGUGCUGUUUCCAGAUUGGUUCCUGUUGUGGAAGUCAGUGCACUCUCCAGCCCUCCUUACCUACGUUUCACUAUAUUUUACUUAAAUGCAACAUGUAUCACCAACAUUCAGUGCAAUUAGUGAACGCGCCCAUUCGUGGGAAUGGGGUGUGAAUUGAGCUAUUUUACCGAUCUCAGAAGUAAUUGAAAUAUUCUGCUGUACAGUAUGUUUAACCAUUUUGCCUUCCCAGGUACAAUAAACAGUUGUUUGUUUCCAUGCAAAGUACAUGUGCUUAAAAUCCUUGAAUAAACUCCAAACAAGAAACGG